ACCCACUACAAAACAUUUCAUCGCACCACUUUACUCAAACUCUAUCUCUAUCUGAACGUUCACAGAACAUUAGCUAUGCAUAAUACGGAUAUUUGCACGCAAAUUACGCCUAAAACUCCAAUAUCAAAGGCUAGAUAUGCCGCCAAACUGGCUGGUGAACGAGUACCAGCGGUCUCUACUGCACCCAGCCGUGUGCAAAUAUACGAUGGUAGGCCGGGUCGAGUCAAAACCUUGGCCUCAAGACACCUUGUCUUCCAGAUCCAAACCCCGGGCAAUUUGAAUCUCAGACGGACGAAAGGAUAGCUUCCUUUCUAACUAUCCUUUUAUCCAAAACAAUGGUUUGGCUUGGGGCAACAAGGACUUCACGAUAGUUGGCCAUGCCCAGACAUACCGGUACGAGUAAGUUCUACGAAGAAAACCUAACUUCGUCGUUUCCAAGCUUCAUCUAUUUCCUUAUUGGCGAUGUUGGCAAAACACAAGGGGGACUAAACCCGCUCUGUUUCCACCUUUCCUCUUCAGCCUUGUCCUAAACGCCACUUUUCGCGGGGAGUCGGCCAACCAACGUCACUCAUAAAUGUCCAGUCCAUCUUUUUACGUCAUUACUAUAUUCAGUACCUCCGCGAGAUGAUCUGUUUCUUUCUAACUUGAGUCUCCAAUUCUUUUACUUAUUUUUAUUCCUCCCUUCACAAUACUCUAUCCCUCUUGCCCUACGCCUUCCAUCAUGGCGUCUGUGAUUCAACUGGAGAGUCAUGUCAAUAAUCACGCGUGGGGGAAGAAGGGACAGUCGUCCCUAGCCGCCCGGUAUGCGGAUGCCACACCGGGCAAGGAGUUCAAGGUAGAGUCGGGCAAAGAUUACUCGGAGAUGUGGAUAGGCACAAAUCCAAACAAUGCAUCACACAUCCUGUCAACUGGACAGAAGCUCCAAGAAUGGAUCGACGGCAACAAAGAGAAGCUGCUCGGGCCGGCUGUCAUUGAGAAGUACGGUUCGGACCUGCCAUUCCUACCAAAGGUCAUCUCAAUUUCGAACGAACUCCCCCUCCAAAUACACCCGGACAAGGAGCUCGCGACCAAGCUCCACAAGCACAACCCUUCGAAAUUCGGAGACCCAAAUCACAAACCCGAGCUUACAGUAGCUCUGACCGACUUCGAGGCCUUCGUUGGCUUCAAGCAUGUUGAUGAUAUCGAAGCUCUCUUCACCGACAUACCCUUUCUCAGGGACCGAUUCACCACCCAGCCGAAAACACCCUUCACCAGCUCAACCCUCGUCAAAAACAUCGUCCACAAGCUGCUCUCGCUCUCGGAGGAAGAAGUCGCCGAAGUAUACUCCGCGCUCCGCGAUGCCCCGCGCUCCGAAUACGGCGACCAGAGCUACAUCCUGAUGCUCCUCCCCCGCAUCGCCAACCAGGACGGCGCCACCGACCCCGGCUGCCUCGUCUCGCUCCUUACCAUGAACUUCCUCACCCUCAAGAAGGGCGAGGCGCUCUACAUCCCCGCGGACGGCAUCCAUGCCUUCCUCUCCGGCGACAUCAUCGAGUGCAUGGCGCCCUCGGACAACGUGAUAAACUGCGGUGUCUGCCCAAGCGCAAACCCGGAAUCGAUCAACCUCUUCACCUCGGCGCUGACGUUCGACUACAAGGACCCGCAGUCGAUGGUGAUGAAGCCGAAGGUGAGCACGAAGGGACUGAAGGGGCAUACGAGGGUAUAUGCGCCGGAGGGUAGCGAGUUUGAUAUGCUGGUUACGGAGUUGAAGAGCGGGGAGGAGGAGCAUAUUGCGGGCUUGCAGGGCCCGGGCAUUGUGGUUGUGACGAAGGGGGAGGGGAAGCUACAUGCCAAGGACGUGGAUUUGGAGUUGAAGGAGGGCUAUGCGUUUUUCGUUGGAUAUGAUACCGAUCUUAAGCUGGUGGCGAAUGGGGGCGAGGGGCUUGAUAUUCACAUGUCGUUUUGCGAGGCGUAAUUGGGAGGUGACAAGGGAUAAUUGUUGCCGCUAGGGAGGGAUAUUGAUGAAGUGAUGAAUGGGGGUGCGGGUUGUCAAAUGAGGAUUGCUUCAUUAUUUAUAUACGGAUCGUCUAAAUACAUUGAGCUAUAGCCAUGGACUGUGUCUGGUUCGGUGUCCAUUAUCAUCUCUGCAUCUUCUUCCAG